CAUGUUUGAAGACUGUUUUUAUUUAAGUAAAAAUGAAAAGCCAUAUUUGUCUAUUGGCGAACAGCCUCAACAAUACGGUGUUAGGUUUAGAUACAAAACGGAAAAGACAAAAGGACUUUUAAGAGGAAUAAAUUCAACUAAAGAAAAACCUACUUUUCCUACUCUAAAAAUCCAUGGAUGCUCUCCAAAUGAGCAAGUCUUAAUCAGAGGAAUUUGCGUUACGAGCCAAGAGCCUCAUUUGAUUCAUGGAUAUAUAUUGGAUGGACCCGAUUGUGAGAAUGGAGUUUUUAACAAAAAAGUUAAUGGGAAUAUCGAAUUUGAAUAUCAAAUAGGUAUAAGACGUGUUAAAAAGAGAGAUGUAGCUGAAAAACUGAAUAACUGUCAAAAUUGUGAUUCAAAUGUCUUUAAUGAGACAUAUAACUUUCCUAAGGAUCUUACGGAAAUGGAUUUGAAAAGCUUAAAGAUUCGCUUUGAGCUGUUUGUAAAGAAAGAUAAUUUUAGUAUUAAAACUGAUUCGAUAUUAACUGAUGUAAUUACAUGCGAAAAUCCACUUGAAAUUUGUCAAUUAAGUCAUGAAUGUGGAACGGUUGAAGGCGAAACAAAAAUCUUUAUUUUGGUUCAAAAACUAAAAACGAAAAAGCUAACAGUAAUUUUCAAAGAUGAUCAUGAUUGGGAAGUUGAAAAACAACCCAAAGAGAUACAUAAUCAGACAGUAAUUAUUGUUUUCUCGCCACCUUAUAACGGAAGCAUAUUGGAGUCAAGAAUUCCAGUAAAAAUAUACUUAACCGCUCAAACAAAAACUGGGAUUGCAAGAUCCGAAGCGAUUGACUUUUUCUACGUUAGAGAACAAUUGGCUGAUAUACAGACUUUAACCAGAGACUAUUUGCUCAGUUUGGACCAGAAUCCAGAUCCAACUCAGCAUUUGGAAAAUCGUCAAAGAAGCUCGGAACAAUGUUGUGCCUGGCCCAAUAAUACCAAUUCAUAUAAUGAACUCGAAAUGCAGAUGGAUACAGAAAUGAAUAUUGUACCACAUUCUUACUUGGCACCAUCACGCACAUAUCAAAGCAUGAUGAUAUUAAAUAAUCAAUCCGCUGAUUCGUAUUUAAGAACCUUUAGUCCUUAUUGUCCUUCACAAAGUACCUAA